CAUCAUGGCUGACCAUAAACUUAAGGGAGAGGAAAAUGUUGAAGAUUUUCUACAACACCUAUACACAGAUAUUAGUACAGACGCAAGAUAUUCUGCUGAACUUCCAGAUAUGAUUGAUGCAACUAGAGAGAUGGUAGAAAGAAUAGUAGCUAAAGCAUUUUGGCCGCACAAGAAAGAACUAGAACAUGAAGGUGUAACAAACAUAAAAAUUUCCGAUGCUGGGAGCAUGGCUGAAGGAACUAAAAUAUGUGACCCCGAUGAAUUCGACUUUGUCAUAGCAUUUACGUACUCUCCUGGUGUUUUAAAGACAUUACCUCCUUCGAAUGAAAGAGAUAUUUUGUUUGCAAACUGCACAGUUAAACCGAAUGAUCGAAGAUUUUGUCAGAUAGGCAAAGGUAAAAAUAACGAACUAUUUCUUUCUAAAGAUUUUAGGACGCUGAAUUUCUUGAGACUUGAAAGCGCUUUGUUAAAAGUAAGUGAGGCAGGCCCUAUUCGUCGAGGAAAAAACAGCUUAUGUCUGGACAUUGAGAGUGUCAGAAAUUAUGGAAUGAAGGGUCCUGCUUUUAAACUGCAUAAACUUGUGAAAUGGUGCUCUCCAGAAGGUGAUAAAAAUUUGUUCAUUUCAAUUGACCUUGUUCCAGCUAUAGCAAUAUAUGAUGAAAUCUUUGCAGACGAAUUUCCAGCUUUUAUUCAGGGUUGUUCAUGCGCGGAACACUUAAUUCAUAAGCCAGACCACUUUUUACUUCUUCCAGUUAAAAGUAUAGAAAUAUUAUUUGAAGAGCUUUUGUACACCAAAGGCGAUGACCAACAUCGGGAAGCCAAGAGCGAGUUCGCCAGUCGUAAUUAUAUGGUGUCAUUAUCGGAGUAUGAAAGAGACAUAAUGAAAACAUGGCAAUGUGAAAAAUCUAUAUACCAUAACUGGUUUGUUUGUUAUAAAUUAAUGAAAUGUUUUGGAGAUCUAGACCACAAUUUUGACGUACUUGUUCGUAUUGAUCCAAACGAUGAGGGUCUGGAAGGUCAUAUACCAGACUUAACUAUAUCAAAUCAAGGAAGUCAUGAAAGCUUUGCAAGUUAUACAUGGAAAAUACUAGUAUUUGAAAUGGCGAGUAAGGAGACAAGUAAAUUAACGUUAAAACAAUGUUUUGAUCGUCUAACAGCAUUGUUUGACAAAGGGAAUCUAGAUCUAGACAAAUCUAAAGUUUUAGAAGUAAAUUCUUUCUGGUGGCCUUCUGUAAUUUCAGAAGAAAUACAUCUGGAUAUGAGAGACUCAAAACGCUACAAACCAUAUGUAGAUGGAAUUAUUAAAUUCAAAGAAAUACUGAAUGAAAUUAUAUAUGACCCCAGUUAUAAAUAUCCGCAUUAUAAAGGAAAAUUAAAGGAACUAUUUCCAAAACUUGCUUCAUAUUUCCACGGAAAAUGAAACGUAUCGGCUAGUGAUGUAAAUCAAAAUUGUGAAAAAAACAUUUUCGGAGAACAUUCUUCAUAGGUUCGACCGGGGGAUAAGGUACACACACGAAGAUAACAAGAUAACAAUAAACGAUUUCUAGCAAGUCCUUUUUUCUCUUAUAAAUUGCUGUUAUUAUAUUUUGCUGCAUCUGUUUUUGAACUGACAAACAGUACAAUAUUUUGUAGUAAACUAUUCAAAUGGCUAAAUGAAACAGGAAUAGUUAUAACGUAAUUGAGGUUCAUUGAUUCAUUUAAUGUCUUAAAUAUUCUAGUUUGUAUUUUUCUUACUUAUCUUUACAAACAUAAAAUAAUGUUAUUUGUUAUCUGCGUUAUCAUAUACAUGUAUGUUUAUGAGUUUUAAGUGUAUACGAUCUAUGACCAAGAAUUAAAUCGUAAUAUUCUGAAACUUAUACAAAAUAAUUAUACUUGAAAAUAAUGAGGCACUAAUAGCAAAUCUAACUAAGGUAUUCGAAAUGUCACAUGAUUUUUAUGUAAAUAUUGCUAUUUUUUAUAUAUUGUGAUAAAAUGUAUGUCGUUAAAUGAAACAAUGGCAAUGCAAACAAGUUCACGGUUUUUUCAAACCGCAUGCCCAUUUUCAUAUCUGUAGAUCACUAAUAAGUAGCA